AUGGACGAGGAGCUGUUGCUACUGCAGCAGCAGUUUCAGGCGGCCCAGGAGGUGAAGGCGGCUGGUGUGCUUGCACGCAUGCCUCAUUGCCGCCCGUUCCUUGUCCCAAACACUACACAAUGGCAGAUGGACGAGGAGCUGUUGCUGCUGCAGCAGCAGUUCCAGGCGGCUCAGGAGGUGAAAGCAGCGACCAGGCUGUCGGAGAGGAACGUGGUGGAGCUGGUGUCCAAGCUCACUGCCAUGGGGCUGCUGGGAGAUGACUUGCUCUACUCGCUCAACGGCAAAGAGUACAUCACACAGGAGCGCCUGCAGCAGGAGGUGGAAGUGGAGGCACGGCAGCGUGGCAGGGAGGGAUUCGUAGGGGGCGCCUUCCGUUGCGCGCAACACAUCACGCGCUGGAAAGGGCUGAAACGGAAGGACGUCCGUCUUUGCAAGGCGCCUAUCCCUUCUGCUGACCGCGGCGCCGUCCGCGAAUUGUACGAAGGCAAACACGCCCGCAGGGAAGGGAAGAAGAAGGCGGAGGAUAUGGCGAUCGAGGCGUGUGCGGGUGGAGCGAAGAAGCAGUGCAUCGAAGACUUCUACGGGGAAGGGGCGUCGUGUGCGAAGGAAUCGGCAGACGACGCCGCCAUCUGCCUCAUGUGGGCGGCACUUCACCUCCCGGAGCAUCUCGCCGAUCACCCUCUCUGGCGCAACGCUGUGCGCUGCAUCACAGACGCGGGCCAUAGCUACGUUCCCCCGAAGCGGCGGUAUGUUGGUGGCGCCGGCCUUGCGCGCUGCUGCGAAAAGAUCGAGAGGGGGCUCGCUCCCAUCACUGCGAGCUGGAAGCGGGAUGGCGUGACGAUAGGCUCGGACAUGAUGACGGACAAAAGUGGCCGUCCCCAAGCCAACAUCAUGCUCAUCAACGAUUCCGGUGCAAUGUUCACCGAAGGCAUCGACUGUAAGUUGGAGACGAAGAUGGGAGGUUACAUUGCAUCCGUUUUGCGCCCGAUCAUUGAGAAGGUGGGGCCCGCCAACAUAGUUGCGUUAUGCAUGGAUGGGGGCAGCAAUUAUGCGGUUGCAUGUAGGGAACUCAUGCUUGAGUAUCCUCACAUUGAGCAUGUGCCGUGCGCUACUCACAUCAUGGAUCUGCUCAUGGAGGACGUUGGGAAAAUGGAUUGGACGAAGGACAUUGUGGCUAAGGCGGGGGUGAUUAUUACCUUUGUGCGUGCCCACCAUUUCACCAAAGGUUACAUGCGAAGCCCGCAGGUGAAGGGAGGGAAGGGGAAGCAGGUGCUGAAGCCGGCGGGCACCAGAUUUGGCACGCAAUUCAUCGCGGUGCAGCGGCUUUGCGAGGUGCGGAGUGCAUUGACGCAGAUGGUGCUGAGCCCGGAGUGGCAGGCUUGGGCGAAGGGGAGGAAGCCGCCGGUCGAGCCCUUCGAAACCAUGAUCAUGGAUGCCGUGUGGUGGAAAGGUGCGGAGUUCUUCGUCGCCCUCCUGAAGAUCCCCUUUGUCGUCAUGCGCAAGACCGACUCGACGGCCAAGGGCAUGAUGGGCAGGAUGUACGAUCUGAUGCUGCAGCUCACGGAAGACAUCAAUGCGAAGCUGGAGGAGGAGGAGGUGGGAUUGGUGCUGUCCAGCAGUGAACGCACGGAGGUGACCAACAUCGUCCAAAAGCGCUGGGACCAUAGCAUGGCGUGUGCCAUGCACGUGGUUGGCCGGAUCCUCAACCCGGUCAACCAAGAGGAAGGCAUCUUCCGCACCGACCUGGAGUGUACUCGCGUCUUCAAAGCGUUUGUCGCUCGUCACUACGCAGGGCGGACCGUCACGCGCAAGGAGGGCGAGGAGCUGCGCGCAUCCCACGUCAUCCAGGACGGCCUGACGGCAUUCAACACCCUUCAGGGGAGCUUCGGCCUACCCGACGCCAUCUCUGACCGUGAGCUCGUGAAGGCCGGUAAGAAGACGGCCGUCCAGUGGUGGACGUGGCACGGGACGGAGCACCCCGAGCUGACAACGCUCGCUUGCCGCGUUCUCUCUCAGCCAGUGUCCGCAUCGGCGUGUGAGAGGAACUGGGCAGUGUGGGAAUCGAUCCACACUGCCAAGCGCAACAGGUUGGGGUCCGAGAAGUGUCGGGACCUCGUGUAUGUUGCGCACAAUUGGAACAUUGUGCGCAACUGGCACAAGGGGGCUGAGGGGGUGACGGUUCUCCCGGGGAACAUCCUUGAGGCCUCCCUGCCGGAAGGGUACAAUGAGGAGCGACUGCAGCAGGAGGUGGAGGAGGAGGUGCGGCGACGUGGCAGAGUGUCAUUGGUGGACCUGGGCACGCUGCUCAACGUUGAUUUGUUCUAUUGUGAACGGGCGGCGAAGAACAUUCUGGAGAAUGCCAAGACACAGGAGCAGCCAUGGGUGCAGCUGGUGCAGGGCGAGCUGAUCACACAUGACCACUGGGACGGGGUGCAACUGGUGCAGGGCGAGCUGAUCACGCAUGACUACUGGGACGGGGUGGCGGACGAGGUGGAUGCCGCCCUGCAGGAGAGCGGACAGGUGGCGGUCUCUGAUUUGGCGAUGCGCUUCAACGUGGGCGCGGAGCUCAUGGCUUCCAUUCUCUCAUCGCGCCUGGGAUCACGGAUCCAUGGCACCAUGAGCAGUGGCCAGCUGUUCACACGCGGCGCACACAUGGCAUGGGUGGGAGCCCUCUCUUCACAGAUCCACGGCACCAUGAGCGGCGGGCAGCUAUUCACCGGCGCGCACAUGGCUCGCAUGCGCGCUGCUGUGAGAGGGGCAGCCCGCGCUCUUACCGAGGCUGCUAAUAUGGCGGAUAUCUGGCCGUCUGUGGUGCGGGAGCUGGGGAGGGACUAUGGGAGGGAGUAUGGGGAUGGGACGGAGGUGAGGCGGGCAGGCAUGGAUGCUUCUGCUGCUGCUGCUGGUUCUGGUGGUGCUGCUGCCGCUGCUGCUGCAGGUGGUAGUGGUGUUGGUAUUGGUGAUGGCGCUGAUGCUGCUGCUGCUGCUGCUGCUGCUGCUGCUGCUGCUGCUGCUGGUGGCAGUGGUAAAGCAGAUGCAGUGGGGGCAGCACAAGUGACAGGAGGUGGUAGCAAGGAAGAAUCCGCAGGGGGGGCAGAAGCAGGAGGGACAGGCCGAGGGGGAGUUGGCGCAGGGGGAGGAGGGGGGGGAGGAGGCGCAGGGGGGAAGGCUGAAGCAGUGGGGGCGGCAGAGGCGGCGCUGUUUGCGCGGGUGUUUGGGGAGUGUGUGGCGGAGGGGGAGGUGCGGGGGAGCAGCAAGGGUGGUGGCACGGGGUGGGUGCCGGAGAUAUUCGCCCAGCUGCAGCGGCAGAGCGUCGAGGCAUUCUUCUCGCAGGUCAGUCAGGUCUUCUAUUGCUCGUCCCCUUGUCUUGUCAUAUGCUGGCGAGGGAGGGGGGGGGCAGCAGCAGCAGUGGGUGCCGGAGAUAUUCGCCCAGCUGCAGCGGCAGAGCGUAGAGUCCUUCUUUUCGCAGGUGACUCGGCUGUGCCGUUUUUGGUCCAUUCUGGGAAUUGGGAAGUGAGGUUAGAGAGUGCGUCAGCUGGGCAUCCCCUAGACACGGCAGUACCUUUAGUCGCUGUUUCCCAACUAGAGCAGUACCUGGAGUCGCUGUUUCCUGACAAGAGCAGCGCGCCACUACUCCACUACACUUGCCCACCCUCUCCUCACUCAUACCAUUUCCAUGCCAUCUCCACCUCUCCAUUCACCCCUCCACGCCUUCAUAACUUUCUCCACUAUGCUGUGCGGCAGCUGGGCAUCCCCCACCCCCAGCCCUGGCAGUACCUCGAGUCUCUCUUCAUCAUUCCCCUUCACUCCCUCCCACUCCUCUUGGCCCAUCCCGUUUCCUCCCGGCCCUUUCACGAACCCCUCUACCCCUCAGAACGCCUUCAUAACGUUCUCCGCAGUGUGGCAGCUGGGCAUUCCCCAGCCACGGCACUGGGCAUCCCCCAGCCGCGGCAGUACCUGGAGUCGCUGUUUCCCGACAAGAGCAGCGCGUUGCUGCUGGACUCGACACUUGUCCACUCCUCAUUGGUGCAUCAGCUGGACGCUGCUGUGGAAGAGGCGAUUGCAGCAAAGUCAUGGUGCGAUGCAGCAACAGCCCUCCCCCCAGCGCGUUCUCCCUCUGCCUGCGCCCACCUGCUGCAGCUCUGCCCCGUGCUGCUCAGAGAUUCAGUAUCCCGUCUCCUCCCCUCCACUCCCCCUUCCUCUCCUUGUCUCCGUCCCUCCAGGUGCGAUGCAGCAACAGCCCUCCCCCCAGCGCUCUCUCCCUCCGACUGUGCCCACUUGCUGCAGCUCUGCCCUGUGCUGCUCAGAGCACAGAAGGCUGCCGCCCUUGCUGCUGCCAGUACUGCUGCCAGCGGUGCUGGUGCUGUUGGAGAAGGGCAGGGGUUGGAUGGGGCAGAGGUGUAUGGCGAUACCUGCGUGGUCUCGUCCGCUCUGCUGCAGGCAGGUGGUGGUGUUGGUGGUGCUGCUGGUGCUACUGGUGCUGCUGGUGCAGAGGGGCAGGGGUUGGAUGGGGCGGACGUGUAUGGUGAUACCUGCGUGGUCUCGUCUGCUCUGCUGCAGGUGGCCAGCAAGGAGCGGGAGAAGGGCGUCAUGACGACGCGGAUAUGA